GUGAAGUAGAAGAGGUAGCCGGGAACCGGCACUCCGCAGUCAUGGAGAGGUGCAUCCCAGUCCUCCACUUCGAGGGAGUCACGCGCGACGAGUUCCUGCAGCGCAUCUAUCCACAGAGAAAGCCAGUGGUGCUGAAAGGAAUUGAUCUUGGGACCUGUACUACCAAAUGGACAGCAGAUUAUCUCAGCCAAGUUGGAGGAAGUAAAGAAGUGAAAAUUCAUGUUUCUGCAGUUCCACAGAUGGAUUUCAUCAGUAAGAACUUUGUAUAUAGAACUUUGCCUUUUGACAAGUUUAUACAGAGGGCAGCAGAAAACAAACACAGCACAUACUUUAUUUCAGAGGAUGAGAAGUACUACUUGAGAUCACUUGGUGAAGAUCCUAGAAAGGAUAUUGCAGACAUCAGAAAACAGUUUCCAUUAUUAGAAGGAGACAUCAAUAUUCCAGACUUCUUUGAAAAGGAACAAUUCUUUUCUAGUGUCUUUCGUAUUAGUUCACCAGGAUUACAGCUUUGGACUCACUAUGAUGUUAUGGAUAAUUUCUUAAUCCAAGUGACAGGAAAAAAACGUGUUGUGUUGUUCAGUCCUCGAGAUGCUCAGUAUUUGUAUUUAUCAGGUACUAAAUCAGAGGUGCUGAAUCUGGAUAACCCAGAUCUGAAUAAAUAUCCACUAUUUGUCAAAGCCAGGAGGUUUGAAUGUGUCCUUGAAGCAGGAGAUGUACUGUUUAUUCCUGCUUUAUGGUUCCAUAAUGUGAUUUCAGAAGAGUUUGGAGUAGGAGUGAAUGUUUUUUGGAAGCACCUUUCUUCUGAGUGCUAUGAUAAGACAGACACCUAUGGAAACAAAGAUCCUACUGCAGCCUCAAGAGCUAUACAGAUUUUGGACAGAGCCUUAAAAACACUUGAUGAACUACCUGAGGAGUAUAGGGAUUUCUAUGCACGGCGGAUGGUUUUACGAAUUCAAAACAAAGCUUUUAGCUCUAACUAUGAAUAAGUAGUGCAUUAAAAGAAACUACUUAUAAAAUUCACAUAUAUCAUACAGAAAUAUUAAAAAAAUUAAUUUUAAAAAA